UUGGCUCGCUCUGGUUCUAGCUCACUCUCACCCACUCGUGUCCCCCUCCCUCGCUUACACACGCACGCACGCACGCGCACGCACACGUUUAUGCAUCUUGUCGUCUCUUUUUGGAUGCACAGGGAGGGAGCCACGCGCGCUUUCGGAAAGCGGCGGUGGUGGAUUCUUCUUUUCCUCACCAUGAUGCUUUUUAGGAUGCCGAUGGUGAUCACGGCGGACUAUUGGCAUCUUCACCAUCAUCAUCGGCUCCCAUAGGAAGGAGUACGCCGCCUGCCUUUUUCUUUUAGAUUCAUCUUCUUUCUUUUUUUUCUUUUUUAGUACAGUGUUUGCUCCGUGUAACGCCGAGACCUGCCGCAACCUCCGUUCAAUGCCGUUGGAACAUGUCCUAUGUUCCCAUCCAAGAUGCAAGGUGUGCCGCCCCCCCCUCCUACCACCACCACCAUCAUCAUCGUCACCUCCUCCAACAGCAGCGCUCCCAGCAGGUCCUGGCCUUCCACGCUGCACCCCCCGCCUACGAGCGCCCCCACUUCAGCCGCCCCCCAUACGAGCACCUGUCCAACGAGCGCGCGCCGCCCGAGCGCUGGAAUGCCCGUCUGCGCGUGAGCCCCGGAAAGCCCUUCCACAUGUUGGACCAGGAAGAGGUCCACCCUUUGCUGAUGCGCGAGAGGCGCUCUGAGUCGCACAGGAACAAGCUGCUGCGCCGCACGGUCAGCGUUCCCGUUGAGGGACGCCAACAUCCCGAGAUGGAUCACCGACCUCGGCGGAAGAGCAUCGCCACGGGGAAGCAGCCCAGCAUGGACCUCCCCCCCAGCGCCCCCCUUCAACCCUUCCGACAAUCCGUGAGUACCUCCCCUGCCUCUUGCCUCUCGCUGCCCCUCGUGCCCCCCCGCGCUGCCGCCCACGCCUGGGGGCGGCGGGCGGGCGGCACCCCCCCGCCUCCCUCCUUGCCGCUCUCCCUGGCCGCGUCGCCCGCCUUCGCUCCGCGCCGGCGGAAGAAGGGAGGCGGAGCGGCCUCCCUGCCUUGCUCGCUGCCCCUCUCUCCUUGCCCAUCGCUCCCCCUGCCCCGCUCGUCCUCCUCCUGCUCCCCUCCACCCCCCUUCCCGUACUGGGGCGGAGACUGGAGGGCCGCUGCUUGGAGUCCCGUGGCGGGAGGAAGCCUAAUUGGAUCACUGCCCCUGGUGGAGAGUUUCCUGAGCAGGAGGUUGAAGGGCUCCAUCAAGAGAGCCAAGAGUCAGCCCAAACUGGACCGAAGCAGCAGCUUCCGACACAUGAUCCUGCCCCGCUUCCGCAGUGCCGACCAGGACAGGACGCGCUUGAUGCAAAGCUUCAAAGAGUCACACUCACACGAGUCGCUGCUGUCGCCCAGCAGCGCCGCCGAGGCGCUCGACCUCACGCUGGACGAAGAGGCCGUCAUCAAGCCCGUCCACUCCAGCAUCCUGGGCCAGGAGUACUGCUUCGAGGUGACCACGGCAUCGGGAACCAAGUGCUUUGCGUGUCGCUCGGCGGCCGAGAGGGACAAAUGGAUCGAGAAUCUGCAGAGAGCCGUCAAGCCCAACAAGGACAACAGUCGGCGCGUGGACAACGUGCUGAAGCUGUGGAUCAUCGAGGCGAGAGAGCUGCCCGCCAAGAAGCGAUACUAUUGCGAGCUGUGCCUGGACGACAUGCUGUACGCGCGCACCACCAGCAAGCCGCGCACCGACACCGUUUUCUGGGGGGAGCACUUUGAGUUCAACAACCUGCCGGCCGUGCGGAACCUGCGCCUGCACCUCUACAAGGAGACUGACAAGAAAAGACGCAAGGAAAAGAGCACCUACCUGGGCCUGGUCAGCAUCCCCAUCUCCAGCAUCACGGGGCGUCAGUUUGUGGAGCAGUGGUACCCCGUCAUCCAGCCCAGCGUCCUCACCAAGGGGGGGGGCGUGGGCGGUGGCGGCAAGAUCAUCAAUGCCUCGCUGCGCCUCAAGUCUCGCUUCCAGACCAUGAACAUCCUGCCCAUGGAGCUGUACAAGGAGUUCGCCGAGUACGUCACCAACAACUACCGCACGCUGUGCGCCGUUUUGGAGCCCGUGCUCAGCGUCAAGAGCAAAGAGGAGGUGGCCUGCGCGCUGGUGCACAUCCUGCAGAGCACCGGGAAAGCAAAGGACUUCCUGUCAGACAUGGCCAUGUGCGAGGUGGACCGAUUCAUCGACCGGGAGCAUCUCAUCUUCAGAGAGAACACUCUGGCCACCAAAGCAAUAGAAGAGUACCUCAAGCUCAUCGGACACAAGUACCUCAAGGAUGCCAUCGGGGAGUUCAUACGCGCCUUGUACGAAUCGGAGGAAAACUGCGAGGUGGACCCCAUGCGAACGCCUCCCUCCGUGCUGCCGGAGCACCAGGCCAACCUGAGAAUGUGCUGCGAGCUGGCCCUUUGCAAGAUCGUCACUUCCCACUGCGUGUUCCCGCGCGAGCUGAAGGAGGUGUUUGCGUCGUGGCGAGUGCGCUGCGCCGAGCGCGGGCGCGAGGACAUCGCCGAGCGUCUCAUCAGCGGCUCGCUCUUCCUGCGCUUCCUGUGUCCCGCCAUCAUGUCGCCGUCGCUCUUCAACAUGACGCAGGAAUAUCCCGACGAGCAGACUUCGCGCACGCUCACCCUCAUCGCCAAAGUGGUGCAGAACCUCGCCAACUUCUCCAAGUUCGGCAACAAGGAGGAGUACAUGUGCUUCAUGAACGAGUUUGUGGAGAUGGAGUGGGGCUCCAUGCAGCAGUUCCUCUAUGAGAUCUCCAACCUGGACAGCGUCACCAACGCUGGCAGCUUUGAGGGCUACGUCGACCUGGGCCGGGAGCUCUCCGUGCUCCAUAGUCUCCUCUGGGAGGUGAUGGCCCAGCUCAGCAAGGACGCCAUCAUCAAACUGGGCCCUCUGCCCCGCCUUCUGAACGACAUCAGCAUGGCCUUGCGCAACCCGCACCUGCAGAGGCAGCCCAGCCACCAGUCCGAGCGACUCCUAUCCCGGCCCUCCUUCAACCGUGGCGUCUCCUCCGACUUCCGCAACCUCGCCAUGCUCAACAGCUCCAUGGACCUCGUCCGCCUGCCUUCGCCGACGUCCACCGGCGGAAUGUUGCCAUCCCGCUCCCAGCUGAGCUUUCAGGAGCGUGAGCACCUCCUGCACCGAGCGCCCUCCAAAGACAUGUUCUACGCGUCACGCCCCCCCCUGGCCCGCUCCAGCCCGGCCUACUGCACCAGCAGCUCCGACAUCACCGAACCUGACGGCAAGGAUUCCCGAAUGAACAGCGUGUCUAACCUGCAGUCGGUGGACAUGCUCAACUACUCCCAGGCCUCCAUCGCCGGCAUGGGCAGCUUCGGGGGGCUGAGCGGCGGAGGCGGUGGCGGCCUGGGUUCGGGCCUGAGCGGCCAGUUGCGGGCCGGCGGCAGGUUGUCGGCCGGCUCCGGCGGCUCCAGCGUGUCCGGCGGCCUGCGGCUGAGCCAGAUGGGCGCCGCCGCCACCGACUCUCUGUCCCAGCAGCAGCAACAGCAGGCCGCCGCCAUGCGCUACCCGCUUUCCUUCCAGAAUCCCCUCUUUCAUCUGGCCACGGCGGACGGGCCGCAGCGGCCACACGGGCGCGCUCAGCCCCCCGCGCCCCUGCUCCUGACCCCUGAGCCCUCGCACCCCGGCUACCUGCCGCAGUUGGCCCGCGGUGGCUUCUCCCGCAGCGAGGACCUGUCCUCCCUCAGGACCGGCGACGGUGCCCACCUGGGCCAGCCCAGCAUCAUCCACUCGCACAGCUACAGCGACGACUACAGCCGCCGCCAGAUGUCCGUGCACAUGCAGGAUAAUAUACAGCAGCAGCAGCAUCAGCAGCAGCAGCAAAUGAUGGGCCUGACCUCCCAGACGGGCACCUCCCACUCAUCCUUGGCCACCACUCCUCCGUCCACGGUCCAACCGCGAGCUCCGCCCCCUCCCAGUCAACGCGUCAAAUCCCAGACGUCCCACCAGCUGUCGGUCGGCGCCCCCGCUAAGAAUCGUCCGCAGAGCGGAAACGUCCUCCAGUCGCCCGAGACGGCCUACGGGGGCGUGCGGCAGGUGCGCGGCGGCGGAGGCGGCCGCCAGCUGUCCGUCAAGGACAACACGGCACCAGGGCUGCCGCGCCAGCAGAGCUCGGUGCGAGAGUCAGGGAGUCCGCAGGGGACAGGCAGCCCCACCACACAGCAGUCGCCCCAACAGCAGCAGCCGUCGCCGCUGACUCAGCAGCCGCAGCCUCAGCAGCCGCAGCAGCCGCAGCAUUUGCUCAAGCCCAACGUUGGCAAACAGGCCAGUGGCGCCACACCUUCUCAGGAAAUGGCCCAGGAACCUUCGCGCCUUGACGUCGGUUAUCUUUGGUCGCAGGGGUCGCAGGCGCCACAGGCGCCGGCCAACGAGAGGACGGUGGCCUGGGUGUCCAACAUGCCGCACCUGUCGGCAGAUAUCGAGAGCUCGCGCAUCGAUCGUGAGGAAUUCAAGCUCAAGGAGUACUCCAAGAGCAUGGACGAGUCGCGCACGGACAGGGUGCGUGAGUACGAGGACGAGAUCAACUGCCUGAAGGACCGUCUGGUCAUGUCGCACAAGAAGCUGGAAGAGUAUGAGCGCCGCCUGCUGACGCAGGAGCAGCAGACCAACAAAAUCCUGCUGCAGUACCAAAACCGGCUGGAGGACAGCGAGCGCCGACUGCACCAGCAGCAGCUGGAGAAAGACUCGCAGAUUAAAGGCAUCAUCCACAGACUCAUGGCCGUGGAGGAUGAGAUACGAGGAGGACACGUCAUUGAGCCAAAAACAGCCAGGAUUUUCCCUGAUCAGGGGAGGCGUCAGUCCAUCCUAGUGCAGCCUCGUCUCGCCCCCGUCCCACCCCGAGUGUCCAGCCAUUCGCAAAGCUUGAUGGAGGACAGUGUGGAAGCUAGCUGGCUGAUGCGCCAACGGCGCCACGCGACGGGCUGGCACAGCCAAAUGUCCCGCGCGCUUUCCCGCGAUGCAGUCGGUUGACAAAGGGAGAACGCGGGCCACCGGUCCGUGUGCUCCAAGGACGGUCCCGAACCCCGGCGAAGCAUGUGAGCAACCGCGACGGGGGCGUCCUCACAUUCUUUCUUGACUUUUUUCUUGUUUUUGUGGGAGGGCAAGACGUUUGCGGGAAGUGCAAGAGCGCCUGUUGUACUUCCAAGGUGCUCGAGCUUUCAAACCCUCCUGUUACCUUGUGGCUCAAAAUGGCCGGUGGUUCCAAAGCACAAGUCGUAUUGACUCACUCAAAAGGCUGCUUGAAAGCAAAACGCCCGACUUCCGAUUCGAUUUGGAGCCUUCGGAUGUGUGGACGGGGCUGAAACGGUUGUCAGGGGCUGCAUUGCUCGAGUCCCAGAGACUUUUGGUCUGAGGAUAGCCACCAAAUAUUGCACUGAUUGGUAAAACUGCUAUCUGGGCCUGUUUUGUUUCCUUUUUUAAUUUCUGGGGCUUGAUUGGGACUCGUUUGGUUGAAUUCCCAAGUAGGAGUUUGAGCAAAAUGGUUGCUUCCAGCCCACAGUGUAGACUUGAAUUUUGGGUCCUUGAGACUUUUGGUGCAUCCAUUGAUGUCCUAAGUCCUCCUCAUUUCAUCUUGUGUGCGGUACGGGGCAAUUGACUUUUUAUUUAUUUAUUUAUUUAUUUAUUUGCAAAAUGAUGGUGAAAAGUUGCUACCUUGCUCUGAACACACGAUAGGUUGUACAAAUUGGUCCAGGGGCUGCUUAAGACAUUUUACAACCCGCGUGUCCAACCAAUUGCACAGAGACGCCUGAAACUGCUCGAGGCGGUUUUUUCUUUUCUUUUCUUUUUUUUUAACCUUCCGUGAUGACUGAGUGAGUUUUAAUGAUUUGUGAUCAAGAGUUAAUAUUCGUGUUUUUUUUGUUUUUUUUAGUUCUCAUGAAACGUGUCCCGCUUGGCCCUCAACCAAUAAAAUAUGACAUUUGUCUUUUCUGACACUUUUGGGUCAAAUUGACCCGGCCAGAAUGUAACAGGAGGGUUCAAGCUUAUUUACUUUCAGAGCAUUUCUUUUGAUUAUUGUUGUUAUUCUCGCUCUCACUUGUAGUCUUUUAAAACGAUCAUCCACAAAGGAUUGGUCACUAUUUCUCCGACACUUUUAUCCCCUCUUUUCUAUUUCUCUCCAGCGCUUAUUUAUUCUGAUAGAAGGACUUUCAUCUGAAAUCUUCCAGUUUCUUUAUUGGUUGACCUCAUUUUCUUUAAAUCUUUUUCUUACGGAGACAAUCUUGCCCACAUGAACACACACAAAAGGGGACAAAAUUGUGUGUGUCCCCUUCAUCCCCAAAGACUCGGUCCAAAUUUGCACAUGACGGCGUCGCCAUGAAGCUCUCUGUUUACAAAGCGGACGCUUGCUCUUUUCUGCUCCGCGUGGAUGAACUUUGGAGGUUUUCCUGGUGGGAAAUGGGACGUUCUCGAAACAGAAAUCCCCCGAUGGAGAGAUUCCUCGGCGUGACAUAUUUCUGAGCCGGAAUGAAUGUGUGUCUAUGUGUACAUAGAUCCGGGAUAUGCUAUGUACACGUUUGUUUGGAAUAAGAUGCAGAGUGUACAGUUAUUUUUCUCCCCCGUCUGGAAUGUUUUUCUUCUCUUUCUAGCGAUUGGAGCAAAAUGCGGAGAGAGAAGCAAAACACCUGUCAAAAAUGGCCAGCCUUUUUUUCCUAGCCUUUUUUGGGGGAGUGAUUGUAAAUACAAGCGGGCGAUUUGAUUUCUUUGGUCCAUAAUCAGCCGUGGCUUCCACUCGAUUGGUUGCGGGUUGUCGUUCAGAGAUCUAUAUUUAUUCCGACAAGCCUGAUGUACCAUAUUUGACUCAUUCUUUGGGAGCUUUUUCCAUUUUGGUGACAUUGCGUUUGUUUCCCACAAUACUAAGUGUGCCUCCCUCUUAUCUUAUACUCAACAUUUACUCAUUCCCUUUUGACAAGCCAUAUACCCCCCCCCCCCCUCUCGCGCCAAAUAACCCUGUCCCCCAUACACCUCGACCCUUGUUGGUUUUUUGGACAGAACGAAUAUUUUUUGGUGUAUAUUAUUGGAAGAGUGCCGUGGAAGAGUGCUGUACAUGAAUGUGGCUGUUCUGAUGAUUUCCUUAUUGCUGUAACAAUAAUUACAAUAAUAUGAAUAGUGUUGAUAAUUUGGGUUUUGUUGAUUGAUGGGGUUGGCGCACAUGCAGUUGAUGACGACGUCGUGAACCUUCUGAUUUUACUUUCUUGUUUUUUUUCUUAUUUUCUUUUGAAUACACUGGAAAUUUCUAUUUUUCGGGCAGGUGAAUCUGGAGAUAGAAAUGAAAUAAAUUAAUAAAUUAUUAAAUUCUUAA